AUGAGUGCUGUGCGAUUCACGGCCAAACAGGUCCUAGAACAGAUAUUUUCCAAUGACUCUGACUGCGACGAGGAAGCGGACGAGGAAGCGUCCGAAGAAGAAGACGGGGAGGAAUACAACCCAGAGGACGAGGAGACCACAGAGGACGACGACGACGACGACGAAGACGACUACGACGCCGCAGCCGCUGCCGCCGCUGACGACGAGGACAAUGUCCAAGUAGAACAAGUGGAAAGAGAGACAUUCGUGUCGAAAAACGGCCAAAUCCAAUGGUGCUCGGUGCCCUGUGACAACAAUCGGGGCGUCGGAGGGGCCGCCGCAGCGGCAAAAAGUAACAGGCCGGUUGCUGAGGUGCCGGAGGACAUGAGGCCCGGGCCUACUAGGCAGGCCGUAGGCCAAGCCCGCGACAUCCUCUCCACGUUUCGCUUGUUUUUCACACCCGAGAUAGAAGACAUCAUCCUGGAGAUGACCAAUCUGGAGGGCGUUCGAAAAUACGGAGCCCGAGGCGACGGGGACGGCGACGGCGACGGCGACGACCGCCACUACGCCGCCGACGACGGCCACGAAGACCACGAAGACCGCGACCGCGGCGGCGGCCGCUGGAAAGCGAUGGACUCCACAGACCUGCGAGCCUACGUAGGGCUGCUCAUCCUAGCCGGCGUGUACAGGUCCCGAGGCGAAGCGGCCUCUAGUCUCUGGGACGCCGAGAGCGGAAGGACCAUUUUCCGCGCAACCAUGCCGCUCAAAGUCUUUCACGCUUACUCGAGACUCCUUCGCUUCGACGACCGCCAGACCAGAGCCGAGAGACGCGCAGCAGGCGGCGGUGACAAACUUGCGGCCGUGAGAGAGGUCUGGGACAAGUGGGUCGAGAGGCUGCCGCUCCUCUACAACCCCGGGGCCGACGUGACGGUGGACGAGCAACUGGUCCCUUUCAGAGGCCGAUGUCCUUUCCGCCAGUAUAUCCCAAGCAAGCCGGCCAAAUACGGCAUCAAGACAUGGGUGGCCUGCGACUCCAAAUCCAGCUACGCCUGGAAGAUGCAGGUCUACACCGGCAAGGCCACAUGCGGAGGCCCCGAGAAGAACCAGGGGAUGAGGGUCGUGCUCGAUUUGACGCAGGGACUCAGGGGUCACAACGUCACCUGCGACAAUUUCUUCACCUCAUACGAGCUCGCGCGCCAGCUCCUGACCAGGAACGUCACCGUGGUCGGCACAGUCAGAAAGAACAAGCCAGAGCUCCCGCAGGCGCUGCUCGCCUCAAAGGACAGGCUCCUCUUCUCCUCCAAGUUUGCCUUCACGUCCACCACCGCUCUAGUGUCCUACCUGGCAAAGAAAAACAAGAACGUCUUACUCCUGAGCACGCUGCACACCGAGGCUUACGUUAGCCGUCGCCAGGACAAGAAGCCGGCCAUCGUCCUAGACUACAACAGCAACAAGGGAGGUGUGGACAACCUAGACAAGGUGAUUGGAACCUACAGCUGCAGGAGGAUGACCGCGCGCUGGCCCCUGGUCAUCUUCCACAACAUCCUUGACGUGUCCUCUUACAACGCUUUUGUCAUAUGGCGAGAGCUCAACCCUACUUGGAUGCCUGGCAAGCAAAACAAGAGGAGGGUGUUCCUCGAGCAGCUGGGAAAGGCACUAGUGACUCCGUUCAUACAAAGAAGGGCCCGUCUCCCUCGCACCGAAGCCUCUGCGGCGCUCGUCAAAGCUCUUCAGAGGGCUACGUAUCGUGAUCAGCCCCGGAGGGAUCACGCCCCCGCAGCACCGGACCACGCAGCACCGGCCCAAGCACCCAACCCCGCACAACCCAGUAAGAGGAAGAGGUGUCAGAAGCUGAGCCCCCGGUUUGUGGAUCCCUUCAAGGUCCACCGGAGGGUCAACGAAGUGACAUAUAGAUUACAGCUCCCCACUAACUACCGGAUCUCACCCUCUUUUUAUGUUUCCCUCAGGCCAAUGGUUCCUGGUCCCCUGGCUGAUGCCGUCCCCCAUGACACCCCUCCGCCUCCCCUGGACAUCGAGGGAAGCCCCACCUAUGUGGUCAGAUCCCUCCUGGACUCCCGACGUCGUGGGGGUCGGCUCCAGUACCUGGUGGACUGGGAGGGGAGAAAAGAUGAGAACCAGAGCCAGGACCAGAGGUGUCUGGUCCUGUGGUGCCAGGGGACCAAGUGUACAUCAGGGUCUUCCGAAGGAAGUGGAACCAGCCCAGGCGAGGGUCCAUACAAGGUGUUUCAAGCUACGCCUACGGCCAUACAGGUGGAAGGAAGCACUAUGUGGUACCAUCUGAAUCACUGCAGUCGAGUCCCAAAAGGAGUUGGCGCACUACCAGUGAGCCAUGCGGGAUCUGAGGAUACUGAGACAUCAGGCAGGAUCCAGGAAGAGGAGGAAGCAAGCACAGGCCAUGAUACAAGCACCGAAGACCAGCAAGUACUCCCUCUUUCCCUCAGAGAGUCAGGGGGUGGGGCCUGGUGA